AUGGAGUUCCUUGUUCAGCUGGUCACUAGCCAAAUCCUACGCAUCACUUGCUAUGUGAUUGCCAUCACCUUCAUCUCGGUGUUCGUCAACAUAGUCCAUCAACAAUUCUUCUAUCGCCGCAAUGAGCCCCCAGUCGUGUUCCAUUGGUUUCCUAUUGUCGGAAGUACGGUGCGCUACGGAAUGGACCCUUAUAAGUUCUUCUUCGAGUGUCGGGAAAAGCACGGCGAUAUUUUCACAUUUAUCCUCCUGGGAAAGAAAAUUACUGUUUAUCUAGGCAUAGAGGGAAAUGAGUUCAUUCUCAAUGGGAAGCUGAAAGAUGUCAACGCGGAAGAAGUAUAUGGCAAGUUGACCACGCCAGUCUUUGGAUCGGAUGUGGUGUACGACUGCCCAAAUUCGAAAUUGAUGGAGCAGAAGAAGUUCGUCAAAUUCGGUCUCAGCCAAGAAGCCCUAGAGGCAUACGUGCCCCUAAUCGAGCAAGAGGUCGAGCAAUACAUCAAAAUGUCCAGCAGGUUCAAGGACCCCUCAGGCAUCAUUGAUCUCGGUGCUGCAAUGGCCGAGAUAACCAUUUUCACAGCGGGUCGCACGCUGCAAGGUGACGAAGUCCGCGCAAAGUUGACGUCGGAAUUCGCCGACCUCUACCACGACCUCGAUCUCGGCUUCUCUCCUAUCAACUUCAUGCUUCCUUGGGCACCACUACCACAUAACCGCAAGCGAGACGCAGCGCAUUCCCGCAUGCGCGAAAUCUACUUUGACAUCAUCAAUGAGCGUCGUCAGCAAGCCGCGACUAACACCGACAAAGGACCACAGGCUAAAGAUAUGAUCUGGCACCUUAUGGGCUGCGUUUAUAGAGAUGGAACCCCGAUUCCAGAUAAAGAGAUCGCGCAUAUGAUGAUCACAUUGUUGAUGGCAGGCCAACACUCUUCGUCCGCUAUCAGCUGCUGGAUUUUGCUACGGUUGGCAUCGGAACCCGAGAUGACAGAGAAACUUUACGCUGAGCAGAUCAAUGCCCUGGGAUCUUCUAAUUCUGGCUCGCUGUCGCCAUUGACAUACCAUGAUCUUGAGAAACUGCCCCUUCUUGCAUACACCAUCAAGGAAACUCUUCGUAUUCACUCUUCCAUCCAUACCCUCAUGCGCAAAGUCAAGAAUCCUCUCUCCGUGCCUGGUACAGAAUAUGUCGUGCCAACAACACAUACGCUUCUGUCUUCUCCCGGUGUCACUGCGCGCGACGAUCGGUACUUUCGGAAUGCUAUGACCUGGGAUCCGCAUCGGUGGGAAUCGCGUGUUGACGACCAGGUUGAUGAGACCGAUACGGUGGACUAUGGGUACGGUGCGGUGUCGAAGGGCACGCGCAGUCCGUACUUACCGUUCGGGGCUGGUAGGCACCGGUGCAUUGGGGAGAAAUUUGCGUACAUGAAUCUCGCAGUAAUUGUUUCGACUCUCGUGAGAGAGUUCAGGUUUUAUAACCCUGAAGGUAGGGUUGGGGUUCCGGAGACGGAUUAUUCGUCUCUCUUUUCGAGGCCGGUGCAGCCUGCGAUUGUGCGAUGGGAACGUAGGCAUGAGUGA